AUGGGUGCUGUCAACGGAAACAAAUGGACUUCGAUCGGGACCGACAUCCAUGAAGACGACGCGUUUCGCGCCGACCAUUAUUGGGGAUGGGAGCAUCCAGCCGAACCCCCACCGGUACAGGCUGGUGGCCCUGCCCAACUAAGGGUCAUAUUGCCGAUCUUCACGCCGGCCGAAGCUAAAGCUCGGUUUGUUGAACGAGAGACGGAUGGCGUGACGGCGGCGAGGACAGCCUUGGGAGAAGCCGGUGUUCUACAGGUUCCAAUGCCACCACAAUUCGACUUUUCGGGCGCGAUACUGGACAAUCGGGGAACUCAAGGAACACUCCAUACAAUUUUACGUCACAGCCCAGAGUGGAGAUCCGUGAUCCCUGGAUUUGAUGCCGUUUAUAGCGACCUUACCAAAGAAACUAGAAAGAUAAUCGAGACAAUUUCCGGGAUGCGCCAUAACAAAGGAAAUCGAGUAAAGGACGCCAUUAAAGACUUUCUGGGGAGUGUUAUCGAAAUAGCUGAUUGUAAAGCUUUUCAAAACAUGCAGCAGCUGAUCUACAACUACCUUCUGGCCCACAUCAACGCUGAUAGCUAUUCGGGCGAGGGAAGAAACUCCUGCGGGCUUGAGCAGAUUUUCUUCGAAAUCAACCGCGACUCGGAGGGACAGGAAAUAACCCGAUACAUGACGGCACUAAUGUCCGAAUCGAUCCCGCUUCGCGCCUUCUGGUGGCUAAUGCUGGUGAUGUGCAUCAUCUGUGGGGUUACUACCACAACUCUGGUGGUUUUGGAAUAUAUUGAAGGACCUACGCAGACUUCAACGACGAUACGUUUGGUGGACAGUCUCGAACUGCCAGGGAUUACGAUAUGUCCAAAGGUCCCCGACAUCUUCGAUGAAGAGCCACUAUUUCGAGAUAUUUCCGCUUCACUACCAAAUUUGACGUACGAUGUGCAAUUGGACGUCGUCAGAUACUUUAUCGCCGGCAAUGGCCUCGAAAAUAUUGAUGCAAUCUCGAGAUAUAAUACCUCUUAUCUUCAACAACUCGAUCUGUACUAUCGACUGUGGUCUCGCGGGUAUUCGACGCAGGAGUUUUUCUACCUAAUUCAUACCGAAGCCGACGACGUCGGACGAUUAGUGCUGAGCAUGAGAGCCUUGAGGACAAUGACCUCUCCAGAAUAUAACUAUACACAGCCUCAACUACUCGUCUACGUCACAGAUAAUCAUGAUAUUGUGGUGGAUUAUCCGAGAUAUUACUUGUACCCUCAGCAGUUUAGUCGAAUGAGGUUGACGGCAAGGUUCAUGGAACUCAUCCAGAGCAACGACGUGUGCACAAACAAGGUGGAUCUGUUGUUCGGAAAAGACGCAGAAUGCGUGAUUCGACGAUGGCUGGAGUCGAAUAUCGUUGUGCCAUUCAAUUGUACGCUUUCCUAUAUGACCAACGUCAGCAAGUUGCCGGCUGGGAUUGAGGUCUGCGAUCCGGCCAUUAUCGUUGAAAAUUACUACAAUCACAUCCAAUUGGUUUGGGAUAAUGCAAAUGUGACGGAAAACUGUAUUCCGGGCUGUAAAAGAUGGGACUACACAGUAUCCCUGCAGCAAAAUCCAAAUAUCGAUCGAUUUAUCGAUUACGCAUACAAUUUGGAAGUUUCUUAUAAUGAUUUACAGUACGAGUACGUGAAAGAAUCCUACACAACUUCCGUGCCGGGUUUCAUGUCCCAAAUUGGAGUUGGUCGCUGC